AUGGCUAAGGUAACAAUAAUUAUUUUGAUGGCUGUUUUGUCGCUUGCGCUUGGCGCAGCAAUAAAAAAAAAAGAAAUAGACUUCAAAAAGGAUAAAAGAGGACUCAUUGAUCUGGGAUACGGAUACGCUCUCACUCCGGAUUAUAUCUACUCGCAAAAAGAGUAUGUUUUACAGCCGCAAGUUUCUGUCUACAAUCCGUACCACCUUGGAGGAGUUAAAUCCGUCCCAGUAGCUCCAACGUUUCACCAGAUACCGCUAGCUGUUCAAGUACCUGAUGCGACCUUUCAUCAGCCGUACGCCCAACACUACUCUUAUGGAAUCGCACAGCCGAUUAUCAUUGACUAA